UUUUUUUUGACGCUCAUCUUUCUAUAUCGUAAUCAGAGUGUUCACUUCUCCUUGUUCUACUGUUCAUCUCUCUCUCUUUCUCUCCCUCACACACAUAAUCUCACACUCUCUUGGUUCUCCCGCCUACCUUUCCCACACGCACACACUUGUCUCCUUGAAGAGCCUGGAUUGACUUCAGCCUCGCUUCUUAAUCACAGCACUUUACAUCCCAUUCCCCUCUAUUAUGAGAAACUCACAAUCAUCAUCAAGGAAACGAACUCUAGCACUUAUCUUUCUCUUUGCAUCACAAACUGUUAAUGCAGCAGUGAUCCCACCCGCACGAUGGGGACAUGUCUCCAUCUUGUGUGGUAACCAGCUAUUUGUACAUGGAGGACAUACAGGAGUCAAUCCUCUUACCGCACCCAUUGGGUCCGACAUCUAUUCCCUUGAUAUCUCUAAAGCCUUCAACUCUUUCUCAGUACCAUGGGUCCAACUCACGCCCGGACCCUACGCAUCCUUUCAUUCCAUGGGCUUGACAGGUCCGGAGAAUAGCCUUUUGGCCAUCUAUGGAGGGAACACAUCGUUUUCUUCAGAGACCACAGCAAACUCACUUAAUUUGUACAAUACAGUCUCGGGGACCUGGAUGUCCUCACCACUAAAAGAUCCUCCGAGAAGGGAGCAGCAGGCUGCAGCAUCUCGGUUGAGUGAUGGAACUAUUUUUGUAUUCGGAGGGAUGAUUUUCUCUCCUUCUUCUUCUUCUUCUUCUUCUUCUUCGCCAGAAGGGUCAGCCACAUCAGAAUUGUGGUCAUUGGGUGGAUAUAUUGAAACUGGUCAUGGAAGCACACCGUCCAAUUCGUCCAGUGGUACUAUAACACCAACAGCAACAGCGACAGCGGAAAUAACGACGACUGCAGCUGCACAGCCAAUACCUACAGGGAUUACUGCAGGAGCUGCAGGGUGGCAGAAAUUGGUCAGCCCACAGGUGGGCUCAACUAUAUCAACAACAGAUCGAUCUUUUCAUACAGCAACGUUGAUUCGGUCGAAUGGGUUGUUGGUCAUUAUUGGUGGCGUCUCUGGAGGAUCCUUAGUGUCAAUGUCCGAUAUUUUGGUGUAUGACACAAAAGCGGGGACAUGGUCUGUUCAGACAGCCACAGGGGCGACUCCGCCUCUUCGAAGGAAUCAUGUUGCUGCAGCUACCAGUAACGGUCAGAUUUACAUCCACGGAGGGACAGACUUGGGUGCCACGACCUACUUUUCUGACGUAGCUAUCUUGGAUACCACGUCAUGGUCAUGGAAUCAACCAGCGAUUGAAGGCACAGCCCCCACUGGACGAUAUUCUCAUUCUGCUGUCAUGGUCGGUAACAACAUGAUCGUGUCCUUUGGUCUGACCGCAGGAGGAGCAACAAAUAAUAUCUACGUCCUAGACACGAGCACAAACACAUGGCAAUCAUCCUACACUCCCAGUAACCUUGCUGCGACUUCUACCAAACCACAGGAUUGGCCCGGAUAUAAACCACCACCUGUUCCACCAAUCAUCACACCCGGUAAAAACGGGACUGACCAACCAUCCACACCUCCAGAAUCAGGAAAAAACAAUGUUUUAAGCAUUGGAUCCAUUGUUGGUGGUGUGAUCGGAGUAAUUGCACUCUCUGCAAUCCUGUUUGUCGUCCUGCGACGCAACCGACGACGUCAACUCUUGGACAAUCAGGCCAAAAUCGCAAGCUUCUAUGAAUCUGGUUAUGCAAACCAACGGGGCUAUCAAUUGCAGGAGACAUAUUAUCAACCUACGGGCAUGGCAUUUGAAGAGUCCGCACCAUCCUUUGGGAAACGAAUGUAUUGGCUAUGGAACGGUCUGGGAGCUGCUGCAUUCUGGCGUAAGAAAAACGAAAGGCUCGCUAUCAACCGAACACUCCCUCACAAGCUCGAAAACCGAGAGGAUGAUCGCGAGAGCAUGCGGAGCCUUCAAGUUGGACCGAUAACCGAUCAAGACAUCUUUUUGGAUGCAGUGCAUCGAGCACGAUCGAGGAUCGAUAGGCUCUCACCAGUGUUCACACCUUUACAGCAACCGAUCCGGAUGACAUCACCCACAUCCGACUCUGAAUCACCUGGACCGGUCUCGACAGGGAUCGGUAGUCCCCUCCGACAGAGCUGUGCCUAUACUGAUUUCAGUGGGUAUUCAACCGGGGAUAGCCCUAUAUCGGCACUUCCUCAUGGACGGACAUACUCGGAUGGAUUCGAAAACUCGAUGCUGGAAAUGGAUGUACAGAUGGUGGCAGUGCCUAGAGGACGGCUGUAUGUUGUUAAUCCAUCGGAUGAGGUUGUUCACGGUAGUGGUGGUGGGGAGCAGGAUUCCUACCAGAUCAGCCCACCAGAUCAGUAUGAAAACAACAGACCAACUCCAUAAAGGAAUAAUAACGGGGAUGGGUUGAUUAAAAUGUAAAUAGUAUAUAUAUAAAUGUAUAAAUGUAUAAAUGAACAUUUACAUAAAAAAAAACU